GCCAAGCCACAAGUGAGCCGAAUAGCCAACUCGGAGUGAGCUGUCGGUGGCUGGCACCCCACCGCCACCUCUAUUAUACACACUUGUUUGUUAAAUACUCUUCUUCUUCUUCACACACACAUACACACACACACUAGUGGUGUUUGUUUGUUUGUUCUUUCUUUUUCUGUUACGAAAUUCCUCAAAUGUGCUAGAUCAACGGAUCUGUAUCUCCCGAUUCCAUUUGCCAGUGGAAACGAUCGGGAUUUACGUGUGGUUAUACUGUUAUUAGCAGCGUGACUCGGAGUUGGAGGUAGAUCUGAUUUUGUAUUAGUGAUUUGAGUUAGUGGAGUCAAGCUGGCGGCACAGGUCGGUCGGCGGUUAUCUGCCGGAAGCAAUGGCAUCAAUCAUCUGGAAAGAAAUGGGAGUGAAAGAGAACCUCCGACUCCACAGUCCCUAAUAAAAAUGGGCUCUAGAGAGAGGAGUAGCAUGGAGGAUCCAGAUGGUACAUUAGCAAGUGUUGCCCAAUGCAUUGAGCAAUUACGACAAAAAACAUCAUCUCCACAAGAAAAGGAGUUCAAUUUAAAGCAGUUGCUAGACCUGAUCAAUACACGUGAAAGUGCAUUCAGUGCUGUUGGCUCACAUUCUCAGGCAGUCCCGGUUCUAGUCUCUCUCUUGCGUUCCGGGUCACUUGGGGUGAAGAUGCUAGCAGCUACAGUUUUGGGUUCCAUGUGUACAGAAAACGAGCUACGGGUUAAAGUAUUACUCGGGGGUUGUGUUCCUCCACUUCUCGGUCUUCUAAAGUCAAAUUCUCCAGAAGGUCAACUCACAGCUGCGAAGACCAUUUAUGCGGUUUCUGAAGGUGAUGCUAAAGAUCAUGUGGGGUCCAAAAUUUUUGCCACUGAAGGGGUUGUGCCUGUGCUCUGGGAACAGCUCGAAAAGGGUCUCAAAUCUGGGCAUGUGGUUAAUGGUUUGCUGACUGGUGCUUUGAGAAAUCUUUGUAACAACACUGAAGGUUUUUGGUCAGCAACAAUUAAAGCUGGUGGAGAUGAUAUUCUAGUUAAAUUACUCAUGUCUGACCAGCCAAACACUCAAGCAAAUGUUUGUUUUCUCCUGGCAUGUAUGAUGAUGGAGGAUGCAACCGUAUGUUCAAAGAUAUCAACUUCCGAGACUACUAAACACCUUCUUGAUCUACUGGGGCCCGAUUAUGAAGCUCCUGUUAGAGCACAAUCAGCAGGUGCGUUGAAGUCUCUUUCAGCUCAGAGCAAACAAGCAAGAAGAGAUAUAGCAAGUUGUAAUGGCAUUCCUUCAUUGAUUAAUGCUACAAUAGCUCCUUCGAAAGAGUUUAUGCAAGGUGAAGAUGCUCAAGCUUUACAGGCGAAUGCCAUGUGUGCUCUUGCAAACAUUUCUGGUGGGUUAUCACAUGUCAUCACAAGUCUUGGUCAAAGUCUUGACUCGUGCACGUCACCUGCACAGGUGGCGGAUACAUUAGGAGCUUUGGCUUCUGCUCUUAUGAUAUACGACAGUAAAGCAGAAAGUACCCGAGCUUCAGACCCGUCAGAUAUUGAGCUGACGUUAAUUAGACAGUUUAAGCCUCGUUUACCGUUUUUAGUCCAAGAACGUACCAUAGAAGCUCUUUCCAGUUUGUAUGCAAAUCCGAUAUUUGCGAGCAAACUUGCGAAUUCUGAUGCAAAACAUUUACUGGUUGGUUUGAUCACAAUGGCAGUCAAUGAAGUUCAAGACGAGUUGAUAAAAUCCCUACUAAUUUUAUGCAAUAAUGAGGGGAAUUUAUGGCAUGCUCUUCAGGGUCGUGAAGGUGUUCAGAUGUUAAUUUCUCUUCUUGGGCUUUCAUCAGAGCAGCAGCAGGAAUGUGCUGUUGCAUUGCUUUGUCUUCUGUCCAACGAGAACGAUGACAGUAAGUGGGCCAUCACAGCUGCUGGUGGCAUACCGCCACUCGUUCAAAUUCUUGAAACAGGGUCCGCUAAAGCACGUGAAGAUUCUGCAACAAUUCUUGGUAAUCUAUGUAAUCACAGUGAAGAUAUAAGGAACUGUGUCGAGAGUGCUGAUGCGGUUCCUGCUUUAUUAUGGCUUUUGAAGAAUGGAAGUUCAAAUGGGAAGGAAAUUGCAGCCAAGACAUUGAACCAUUUGAUUCAAAGAUCAGAUACAGCAACUAUAAGUCAACUUACUGCACUGUUGACCAGUGAUCUUCCUGAGUCUAAGUUUCAUGUUUUGGAUGCAUUAAAAAGUCUGCUUUCAAUCGCCCCGCUUUCUGAUUUACUACGUGAAGGUAGUGCUUCUAAUGAUGCAAUUGAAACGAUGAUCAAGAUUUUGACCUCUACAAAUGAAGAGACUCGAGCUAAUUCAUCAAUGGCGCUUGCUGGAAUCUUUAAUCUGAGAAAGGACUUGCGUGAAAGCAGUAUUGCUGUAAAGACUCUUUCCUCUUUAAAGAAACUUCUAAAUUCUGAAUCUGAGAGCAUUUUGGCAGAGUGUUGUGGAUGCCUUGCUGCAAUUUUUAUAUCAAUCAGGGAGAAUGAUGACGUGGCGGUUAUUGGCAGGGACUUGCUGCCUGCAUUACUGACACUUGCAAAAUCUCCAGCUCUGCAAGUUGCAGAACAGGCAUUAAGUGCUUUAGCGACCCUUUCGUUGGAUAAAGAAGUUCCCGCAAAGAUUUCUCCUGAAGAAAUUAUUACGGCUGCUACAAGGGUCCUUCGUGAAGGAACAACAAACAAAAGGAGCCAUGCAGCAGCAGCAAUCGCUCGGCUUCUUGAUUCUCGGAAAACAGAUUCUAGCUUAACUGAAUAUGUAAAUCAAACGGGAACCGUUCUUGCAUUGGUUUCCUUCAUAGAGUCAACUAAUUGUGUAUCUAUUGCUGCAUCAGAUGCAAUUGAUGCACUCACUGUUUUGUCAAGAUUAAAAGGUUCACCGGGGCACAUCAAAUCUGCAUGGCAAGUGCUCGUUGAGAAUCCCGACAGGGUAAUUCCGAUUGUUUCAUUCAUGAAGGGUGCAACCGCCGUUUUACAAGAUAAAGCCAUAGAAAGUUUGUCAAGGCUUUGCCAUGAUCAAUGCAUAGUUCUUGGUAAUGCGAUUACAAGGUCCAGCGGUUGCACUUCAUUGAUUGCAAAAAGAGUAAUUGAUUCUUCGAACCCAAUUGCGAGAAUUGGUGGAACUGCACUUCUUGUUUGUGCCACAAAGGCAAAUAUCGAUAGAGUUAUGGAGGACCUUCAUGAAGCACAUUUGCAUUCCCAUAUGAUUCGAUCUCUAGUCUCGAUAUUAAGCUCUCCAAAUUAUUCUGAUUUGGAAGACCUGAACGCUAUAAGUAUCUGCAGAUGUUCCAAAGAUGAGCAACUUACUGGUACGUCAGUUAUAAACGGUGCCGGUAUCUCUCUAUGGCUACUUUCUGCUUUUGCUAGCCAUGUGGCAAAAUACAAAAUUGAGAUUAUGGAGGCAGGAGCUGUUGAAAUUCUCACCGGAAGAAUCUCACGUCUAUUUUCAUACAGCCAGUUGGAUGUCGAUGAGGAUAAUAGCAUCUGGAUAUGCACACUACUAUUAGCAAUCUUAUUUCAAGAUAGGGAUAUAGUACGAACAAGUGCAACAACAAAAGCUAUUCCAGCUCUAGCUAGUUUAUUGAGGUCAGAGGGUCCUGCCAAUAGAUAUUUUGCUGCACAAGCUAUAGCUAGUCUAGUCAGCAAUGGAAGCAGAGGAACUCUUCUAUCUGUUGCUAAUUCAGGGGCUGCAGCCGGGCUUAUAUCCAUGCUUGGGUGUGCUGAUGUGGACACACUCGAUCUUUUACAACUGUCAGAAGAGUUUUCUCUCGUUCAUUACCCAGAUCAAGUCGCUCUUGAGAGAUUAUUCAGGGUCGAUGACAUUAGGGUCGGUGCUACUUCCAGAAAGUCAAUCCCAGCUCUUGUUGACUUACUGAAACCAAUCCCAGACCGGCCUGGUGCACCGUUUCUUGCACUUGGACUUCUAAUUCAGCUUACGGGAGAUAGCCCGUCAAACAAGAUCGUCAUGGUUGAGUCUGGUGCGUUAGAAGCUUUGACGAAAUACCUUUCACUUGGCCCGCAGGAUGCCACUGAGGAAGCUGCUACCGUUCUACUUGGCAUCCUAUUCAGCACUGCUGAAAUACGAAAACACGACUCGGCAUUUGGUGCGGUGAGUCAGCUUGUAGCCGUCUUGCGUAUGGGUGGAAGACGUGCACGUUAUAGUGCUGCUAAGGCCCUAGAGAAUCUGUUUUCUGCCGAUCACAUAAAAAAUGCAGAAUCUUCUAGACAAGCGGUUCAACCAUUGGUGGAAAUUUUGAACACCGGUUUGGAGAAAGAACAGCAUGCGGCUAUUGGUGCACUAGUGAGACUACUCAGUGGAAAUCCGUCAAGAGGUCUCAACGCUUCAGAUGUCGAGUUAAAUGCAGUGGAUGUUCUUUGUAGAAUCAUUUCAUCAGAUUGUUCACUAGACUUAAAAGGGGAUGCUGCUGAGUUAUGUUGUGUGUUAUUUGAAAACUCAAGAAUAAGAUGUUCAGUCACCGCUGGUCGUUGUAUCGAGCCUUUGGUUUCGCUUCUUGCUACUGAAUUUAGUCCAGCUCAGCAUUCGGUUGUGCGUGCACUGGACCGACUUCUAGACGAGGAGAAUUUGGCUGAAUUAGUGGCUGCACAUGGUGCAAUAAUUCCUCUUGUAGGUCUUUUCGAGAGCCAAAAUUACAUGCUUCAUGAAGCAAGUUGUGGAGCCCUUGUUAAAUUGGGGAAAGACAGGCCUUCUGUAAAGACCGAAAUGGUGAAAGCUGGAGUUAUCGAGAGUGUACUUGAUAUCCUUCCGGAAGCACCUGAUUUUCUCUGUGCUGCUUUUGCUGAAGUACUCAGAAUAUUGACGAAUAACGCUGCAAUAGCUAAGGGUCAAUCUGCAGCAAAGGUGGUCAAACCUCUUUUCUUGCUGUUGACAAGGCCCGAGCUUGGACCUGAUGGUCAGCAUAGUGCUUUACGCGUUCUAGUAAACAUAUUGGAGCAUGACCAGUGUCGUGCGGACCACACUUUGACUCCACAGCGAGCCAUUGAACCGCUCAUUCGGUUACUAGAUUCUCCCGUUACGGUGGUCCAGCAGUCAUCAGCAGAGCUUUUAUCUUAUCUGCUUCUGGAAGAAAGUUUCCAGAAAGAUUCUAUAAUACAGCAAGUAAUCGGUCCAUUAAUGCGGGUUCUCGGUUCGGGCAUUCCAAUAUUGCAGCAACGGGCUCUAAAGGGUCUUGUUAGCAUUGCCUUAACUUGGCCUAAUGAAAUUGCAAAAGAAGGUGGUGUAAGUGAACUAUCAAGAGUCAUAUUAUUAGCGGACACUGUUCUUCCUAAUCCUCUAUGGGAAUCUGCUGCUACUGUUUUAUCUAGUAUUUUACAGUAUAGUUCUGAGUUCUAUUUGGAAGUACCUAUUGCGGUUUUAGUAAGGUUGUUACAUUCAGGCUCAGAAGGAACCGUAAUCGGUGCAUUAAACGCACUUUUAGUUCUCGAAAGUGAUGAUUCCAGCAGUGCAGUAGCCAUGGCUGAAAGUGGUGCAAUUGAGGCUCUUUUACAACUUCUUCGAUGCCAUCUGUGCGAGGGAACCGCUGCAAGACUAUUAGAAAUUUUAUUACAUAAUGUGAAAAUCAGAGAAACGAAAGCUACAAAAUCGGCUAUUAUACCGCUAUCGCAAUAUUUGUUGGAUCCGCAAACUCAAGCUCAACAGGCGAGAUUGUUGGCGACUCUCGCUCUUGGGGAUUUGUUCCAGAAUGAAGCUUUGGCUCAAUCUACUGAUGCUGCUGUUGCCUGUAGGGCUUUGGUGAAUUUGCUUGAAGAUCAACCGUCAGAAGAAAUGAGAAUGGUGGCUAUGUGUGCUUUGCAGAAUCUUGUGAUGUAUAGUCGGUCUAACAAAAGAGCAGUGGCGGAAGCUGGCGGUGUUCAGGUGGUACUGGAUCUGAUUGCUUCAAGUGAUGGUGAUAUUUCGGUUCAGGCUGCAUUGUUUAUUAAACAUCUUUUCUCUAACAAUGCCAUCCAAGAGUAUGCUUCAAUUGAAACUGUCAGAGCUAUAACUGCUGCUAUUGAAAAGGAUUUAUGGGCGAAUGGAACAGUGAACGAAGGGUAUUUGAAGGCUCUAAAUGCACUUUUUGGUAAUUUCCCACGUUUGAGAGCCACCGAACCUGCAACCUUAAGCAUCCCACACCUAGUGACCGCCCUUAAAUCUGGCUCAGAACCAACUCAAGAAGCUGCAUUAGAUGCACUCUUUCUUCUCAGGCAAGCUUGGUCAGCUUGCCCACCUGAAGUCUCUAGCGCCCAAUCAACUGCUGCUGCUGAUGCAAUACCAUUGUUACAGUUUUUGAUCCAAUCGGGCCCUCCGAGAUUUCAUGAAAAAGCUGAAUUCUUGCUGCAGUGUUUGCCCGGGACAUUAACGGUUGUAAUUAAGCGUGGCAAUGAUCUGAAACAGUCCGUUGGAAACCCUAGUGUAUACUGUAAAGUUACACUGGGCAAUACUCCAACAAGGCAAACCCAGAUCGUAUCAACGGGACCUAAUCCCGAGUGGGAUGAGAGCUUCACGUGGUCCUUCGAAAGUCCUCCAAAGGGCCAGAAGCUACAUAUCUCAUGCAAGAAUAAAAGCAAGAUGGGGAAGAAAUCGUUCGGGAAAGUGACGAUCCAAAUCGACCGCGUUGUGAUGAUGGGCGCAGUGGCUGGUGAAUAUGCAUUGCUGCCACAAAGCAAAAGUGGGGCCCAGAGGAAUCUUGAAAUAGAAUUUCUCUGGUCAAACAAGUGAAGUAACCUGGGUCUAGUAUAUAGCCAUCCCUCCACACAUCAGAAAACCCAUUACAUUUUCUUUUCCGGUAUCUUUUUUUUUUUUUUUGAAAGUUAAUUAAAACAAAUGAGUAGUAUAUAAUGUUUUAUCUGGUUUAUUUUUUUGUAGAAUUGAAAGUAUAGCCAUGAGAUGUAUAACCAACUUUCUUUUGUAUUGUUUGCCUGUUGUAAUAUAUUGUUAUAUGUAAUGUAAUGACGAUUGAUUGAUUUCGGGUC